AUGGAAAACUCAUCAUCAUCUGCUAACUCGUUCAACGAUGGAUACACCCAGAUGGAAAAUCCGAUUUGUCGCUGCAGGAAAGUGACGACCAUGGCGAAAUCAUGGACUGAUGAAAACCCAGGAAGAAAGUUUUACAAAUGUGAUACACAUGGGUUUCUUUGUUGGGCUGACAAGGAAAAGCCGUUUGGAUGGCAGAAGAUUAGCUUGCUUGAGGCGAGAGAUCAGAUUAGGCAACAAAAAGAACAACUCAAGGAGCUUAACGAGUCUCUCCGAGCAUGCAAUGACAAAGAUCUGAAUGGAGCUGAUUCAGGUAUGAUGAAUUUGGAGAUGUUUGAGAAAAUUGCAGAAGAGAAGAGAAAACUUGAAAUUGAAGCGAUGGCCUCAAAAGAGAAGGAAAAGCUUUUACGCCAAUUCAUUGUGAUAUCCUGGGGAGGAUUCAUUGUUGUCACAGCGAUGAUCCUAACAAUGGCUAAGAAGUAG